AUGGGCGUUGGAAAGAGUGACAUUCAAACGCUAGCUACCAAAUUGUCGAUAGCAUCCGUAACAUGCCGAAUCUGCUACGAUAGCGACAAAGAAGAACAACUGAUAGCGCCUUGCCACUGCAAAGGCACUAUGGCAUUCGUCCAUCGUUCGUGUCUCGAAACUUGGUUAAGCGAAUCGGGCACUUCGACGUGCGAACUCUGCCAUCAGAUAUAUACGACGGAGAGAACUAUCAAAUACACUUCGGGCUGUUCGAUUUGGCACUGGCUGAGGAGCUCCUCGGGGUACCAAGGGCACGGCGUCAGGGGUGAUAUCGCGACUUGCAGCGUGAUCACUCCGUUAGCGAUUGUGAUAACUUACGUUUGCCUCUAUUCGUCCGAAUAUUACUCCCAACAAAAGUUUUCUACAGUUCCUGCAGCUAGAUGGACGUCGAUGUCCCUCCUACUCAUGAUCGGUAUAGUGCUGGUGGGGUACUACUUGUGGGCUUAUUCGGUAAUCAGACUUCACGCGCGUACUUGGUAUAACUGGUGGCAAAGAGCGUGCGUAGUGCGCUACAUUCCAUCGAGCCUGAUCUCGAUCAGGCAAAGAGGAGACGAGGAACCGGCCGCUGUACCAAACAACACUCCGAAUUUCCGAAACAUUGAAGUCGGGCAAAGCGAAUCCCUGAUAGAUAUCGAGCUGCAGGUGGAAGACUUUGGGAAAGGUGCGGGGUCCAGUAGGUCCGACGAGAAGAGCGUCGUUGUGGAUAUUCAUGAUCUGGGUUGUAGUAAUAAAGAAUUUCAUGUUAAAUAA